AUGUCGCGUAGGGCGCUGCGCGGACCGAUCGGCGGAGUCCCCUUGCAAGUCAUCGGCGCUGAUUUCUACGCCAAGGUCGUCGGCAUCUCGUUCGCGACCGGCGCGUGCAUGGAACUGUUCAUGAUCAAGACUGGCUUCUACGACAAAGUCACCGAGAUCGAGGCGGAGCGAAGGCACGCGCUGUCCGAACCCCCGGCGUGGGUGUUAGAGCUUCAAAGGCAGGACCAGGAGUACAGAGCGGCGCGGGAAGCCGCCGCGAAGGCGAACGCGGAGAAGAAGUAG